UUGACGUCACAGGCUGAAAGACACAAAACAAGCCGCUCUCCGCUGAGCUCCUCACUCGAUUUCCACUCGCACACUCUCCAGCGCACAUUCAUGCUUGCCCUCAGACACGCCGCAACACUUGUCUCGACACCCGCUCAGCCUUCAGCCGCUGUGCGUAGGCGUCCAAUCAACUCUAAACCAAAACACUGCACUCAAGCAACAAGAAAGCCACUCUGUCUGUCACUCCUCACUCCAGCAGAAGGACUGAAACAUGCUUCAUUUCUCGUAAGUGAUGCCUAAUUCUGUGUGAAACUGCCGACGGGAGCGCACACGAAGGGGGGGGGGAAAGGAGCGCUCCGACUCCCAAUCCCGACCCAGACCCCAUCCCACAAAGCAGCAGAUGUGACAGAAAAAGAGAGGCGGAGAGAGAAACACAAUCUCCCCCACGCCUCCUUCCCUCAUCUGGGAGAACAAUACCCAGCCUCCAGUUGGAGAGGGUCAGCUUUUGUCCCUCUCCCCAUGCUCCCACUCAAGAGCGAAGAGCAGACGGACGCGCUGACACACUGACCUGCUGCUGUGAGAGGAGAAGACGGUGCAAAACAGUCGCUGCGCUCGACACAGUUUGAUUCAGUACUUGGACAGCUCCUGAGCGACAACCAGUGUGAGUGUGUGUGUUUCCAUGACUGACUUUAUCUGGUGAGGUACAACAGCACAGGUUUGGUUUGGAGACCGAGAACCACCAAUGCAGCCCCCUUGUUCGCUCCAGCUCGGCCCCUGUGGCCCCUCUCCGUCCUUAGGAUCGCAGGGCAGCACCGCCAGCCUCCAGCAGCUGGAAGAGAAGCAGCUCUUUGAGAAGUUUUGGAAGGGGACUUUCAAGGCUGUGGCAACCCCGAGACCGGAGAGCGUCAUCAUGGCCAGCAUCACCGCCCGCAGGAGGGUGAUUGACUCAGAGACAACAGCCUGCCUGCCGCUCAAGACUGAUGAGAGGAAAGGGGUGGACGCGGACACCCGGUUGGACGUCGCAGACAGAAAUGGUUGCAUCAAAGGAAAGGGACGCAAACGCCACAGUCAUCGCAGGGUCAGGAGGUCCUCCUUUGAUGAGGAACUCUCUCCUAGGCCCAAGGGGAAGAAGAAGAAGAGAAAGUCCGAACGGAAGAGGAAAAGGAGAAGGUCUCCUUCCCGUAGCCUCUCACCACUGAGGAAGAAGAAAAAGAAGAAGAAGAAGAGCUCCAAGAAAAGCAAGCGACAUAGGUAUACUUCCAAAAAGUCAAAACACAGCUCUUCAAGUUUAAAACAUAAGAGGAAGGAUGAGCGCAAGCACAAGAAAAGUUCCCGGACUCACUCACGUCGGAGACGACGCUAUCGGAGGUCAGAGUCAGACAGUUCUUCCUGCCAGUCUUCCACAGAGGACAGACACCAUCUGCAGAAAUCUGUGGUACAUCAGGCGUUAGGAGACCUGGCAGCUGUAAGAGGGGAAACAAAUGGAGUGCUGGACCGCACGGACAUGCAGUGGAGACCUGCAACCAAAUCAGUGUGUAAAACGGCUCCAAAAUAUCGCUCCAUCCUCUCAACCGGCACCAUUUUGUCGUCAAAACCUGGAAGCGAGCUCUUACAAGGAAAAGGGUCUCACCAUUUAUUGAGCCAGACCGACGCUCCACACGAUUACGAUUCUGGGAAUGACACGUCCUCGCCGCCGUCAAGCAAAACUGGUGUUUCUCGGGCGAGUGUCACUGUCAGCAAGCGGGAACACUGUCAACGUCUGGCCUCACCAGAGAAGCUGAAGUUCACUGACAGAGACAAUGCCUCUGACUCAGGGAACUCUGUGACGAGCUACGCUUCCUUGUGCAAACCUUACGGGGAGGACGGCCUGUCUGCCACGUUUUUCAGUGGAAAUGGCAAGAGAGAGCAGAUAACCUUGGGGUGUCAGGUAGAGGUUGUGAGAUCUCCAAAGACCUCCGGUUGUUCACAGAGGAUGAGAGAGUCGUCUCGAAGGCGUCGGAAACACCGCUCAUCCAGCAGAAGGAGCAGGAGCAGAUCAUCGGGGAGUUCCAGAUACUCCGGACACUACUCUCGAAGCCCGUCGCUGUCAUCCUGCAGCUCAUACUCACGCUCACCAAGUUAUUCAGCUGAUCUGAGGCGACGAGGCAGCGUGGCUAGCAUGAGCUCCAGAGGAAGCUACUCGAGAUACAGCGCUGACAGACUACGGGACAGAAAGAGAACACCUAGCUCCAGAGGGACGGAUGCGAAGCAUAAGGUUAGCAGGAAGAGACGAAGACGCAAAUCCUACUCUCCCAUGAAGAAAAGGAGGAGAGACUCACCAAGCCAUCUGGAAGCACGCAGAAUCACGAGUGCCAGGAAGCGCCCCAUCCCAUACUUCAGACCCAGUCCUUCUUCCAGCAGCCGAUCAACCAGCGUGUCAUCCUGGAGCAGCCUCUUCACGCGUAGCCGCAGUCGCAGCCCGAUCCACAGCAUGAGCCGGAGCAGGAGCCGGAGCCACAGUUACUCCUCCUACAGGAGCUACAGUCGUAGUUCAUCCUGGAACUCAAUCUUUGGGACCCGCAGUCGCAGCCGGAGCCGCAGUUCGCUGAACAAACGCAACAAAACCAGGCAUUAGGUUUCCCAGAGAACAUUACGGGACAGAAACAUCUGCCGUGUUUCCAGUUGAGAGCGAGGACAGCGGAUGUUGGAACAAUCGACUGUGUGCGUCUCCGUGCUCGUCUUUGACGCUCGAGUGGAAAUGUCCCAGCAGGGGUCCAACCAUGUCUUUCAUUGAGGCAGUCUUGUUCACUCUGCCCACAGAGACUACUGGAGACCGAAUGUCUUUGUUUGUUUUGUUCAUGUACAGCAUCCUCUUGCAUCAGCACUCACAAUGGCCUGAGACUGUUCAUCUCUUAGAUAUUUACAAUAUCACAUAGAGGGAAACACAUUUAUUGUAUUUGGUCAACUAAGAUCCUUAUUUUUAUGCCUGUGCACUUCCCAUUAAAUUAUUACUUUAAAUGCUUUAAAACUGUAAAUUUAAUAUUUAUUUUUAAAUGGGUUGAAACUACUUAAUUCCCAUAAUUGUUUUAUCUUGCAAUAUAUGUUUUGGCCAUAUGCAGGUGCAGAUGCACUGGGUGAACACUGAACUCUUGAAAGGCAGAGUUUCACAGGACAGCAUGUUCUAGGUUUUGCACCAUGAAGUGAAGAAUCGAGGUAACAUUUCGGCCAUUUGAUCCGAGUGUUUACAAAUGGCUUCAGAGGGAUCGUUAUCAGGAAUAAGGAAACGGUUUAUUGCUCUGAUCUCAGCGUUUCACAAGGUGGGGAACAGACGUGUUUUCUCUGAAAAAUGAAACGGUGAGGGUGGCCUGACAGCGAGCAAACAGCCUGUCAGCUCAAAUGUCAAAUUAAUUUAUCCUCUGAUCAAGUGGAAAACAAUUGAAAUGUCAGUCCAUGUAAUACAACAGAGAGCGAUUGAAAUAUUGCGCAGGGACAGGGAGGAGGAUUUGUUCUGACAAAAUCCUCAGUGUCUGCAGAGGUAUUUCCUUGACAUCUCAAAAUGAAAACAAUUGCAAAAAAGAUACUUUAAAGAUAAAAGUAAUAGACAUUUUUAUCGACUUCAAUGCUUAAUUUUUCAUCUUAGAUUGUCUGUAGUUAUUAUACUGCAUGUGUUAGUCUCAGAGUUUUGUUUAUUUGAUACAUUAGAUUAAAAAGCGAGCACAGGAAGAAAAAACUGCACCUCACUUGGUUGCAACAAACUGAAAAUAAGUCAGAACUUAUGAAUAACAUUGAAUCUUAAUAUACUUGAGUAAUGUUUUCCUGCUACAAGACUAGAACCAAACACAUAUAGCCACUGAUUUUUUUUUUUUUCCAGUGUUACAUGAACACAGAAGGUCAAGUUUUGAAUUGUGCAGAAGCAUACAUAUUUAUUACUUAUUUAAUAUUUAUUGGUUUGUUGUCCCUAUCAGUAGUGGUCAAUCUUUCUAUGCAACACUGUCAAUUUAUAGUUAUGACACUGCUGUAAUUUAUUUUUGGUAUGUUGUAAAUAAUCCCUUUUGGUUUUGCCACCUGACUCACACAUAAACCUCAAAUUAGAAGGCAGUGUUUUCAAAUAAAGAAGGAGCACAAACUGGAAUUGCAGAAAAGCUCCUUCCUGUCUGACCUUUUGUUUUGGGUGCUUAAAAAAAAAAAAACACAACAACAGAAAAAGGAAUAGUUUGACAUUUUGGAAAAUAUGUGCAUUUGCUUUCUUGCAGAGAGGUAGAUAAGAAUAGUACCACUCUUAUAGUUGUCUGCUAAAUAUGAAGCAACAGCCAGGAGCCGGUUCACUAAACUUAGCAUAAAGAUGGAAAUGAGAGACUCUUGAGCUAAUCUACUGGCAGGUUUACCGUUGGCUGUGGGUUUGACAAUGUUGUUUUGUAAGGCUUAAUCUGAAAACUGGUUGUUUAAAAUUACGUUUGUUGUCUAAUACAUUAACGGCACUGAGCUGCGUCCUCUUCAUCAUCUGAUAUUUCUCUAGAUAUUCUGAACAGAGCUGAAAAUGUUUAGCCCGGCGACAAGAAUUUGAGAGAAGAUUCUGCCGUAACAGAACUUCAAGACUCAUGUUUGUUUAAUCAUAAUGGAUAUAAGGUCCUAUUUUGUAGGGAGGUUAGCUUGCUACAAGACUAUU